AUGGCAUGCAAUUCAGUAAAGAACAUAAGGCCCAAACACCAGCUUACCCCAGAGCCCGAGCCCACAAAGAAAAGGGCUAAACACGCACGAGUCGACUCAGACAACCUUGCUGAGCAACUUCAAAAGCAUGAACGGUUUUGGCUAGCAGAUGGAAAUGCUGUCAUUGAACUUGACGGUAUACGCUUCCGAGUUCAUCAAAUGUGGCUUGCCCAGCAUUCAAAACGCAUUGCAGCCAUGCUCCCCAACCUGGGAAAAAGUGGUGGCAAACAGAUCAGACUCGAUUUUCACAAUGGCGAGCUCAAAGCAUCAGAUUUUGAGAAUCUACUCUUGUUUUAUGAGAACCCCAAGGAUUACCGUAAGGCCAUCGGAACUCCCACCUUAUUGUCCCUCAUUCGCGCAGUGACAUCACUCGGUUUUGACUCCGACCAUGGAUGGCUUGUGGAGGAGUUGGAAGCGCUUUGGCCAACUAACCUUGAAGAGCUGUUGGCUGACCCAGUGCCGAGGCACGAUGCUCCGGAGGUGGCUGCCAUCACACGGGUGUGCGAUAUUGAUGGGCUGUUGAGGCCUGCCUUUCACGAUAUGGCAAGGACAUCUGAUUUUGCUGUGGGCGCGCUUGAGGAAUUAGAGCAAAUCAGCCACACAGAUAUUCUGCGCCUUCUACGGAUGAGAGAGUAUCUGAGUGGGAUGUGGGUACAGGCAGCUGCACGCGAGGACCCUACCUUUCUUUGCCAAACACUUCGUGCCACACCAUCCAGCAAUGACGAUGGAACUCCAAGCCCUUCUGAAAAUGCUAGCGAGAAGCCUGCACUCGACUCUACCACCCCUGCUAGUGUGGCUAGAAACUGCCUCUUGGUGACUGCAAGACUUGAAGUGUGGGUUCGGCUUGUGCACGACUCAGGGGUUUUCACCAAAUAUCAAUAUGACCCACUGCGUAGACUAGCAGUGUUGAUAAACCUUGAGUGGACGGAUGAGUGGUGCAUAGAUUGUAAGGAGAAAAGGCGGGCUGAGUGGCGUGUAAUGCAAACGAGUAUUUGGGAGAAGAUCGACGAGUAUCUGGGGAGAAGUUGA